AUGCCAAACCAGCAGAAGAAAAUCAUUUUUUGCAUGGCUGGUGUGUUGAGCUUCCUCUGUGCUCUCGGAGUAGUAACGGCAGUGGGGACGCCACUGUGGAUUAAAGCCACGAUCCUCUGCAAAACGGGGGCUCUGCUCGUCAAUGCCUCGGGGGAGGAGCUGAGCAAGUUCAUGGGCGAGAUGCAGUAUGGGCUUUUCCACGGAGAAGGCACGAGGCAAUGCGGGUUAGGAGCAAGGCCUUUCCGGUUCUCAUUCUUCCCAGAUUUGCUCCAAGCCAUCCCCGUGAGCAUCCAUGUCAACAUCAUUCUAUUCUCCAUGAUUCUUGUCGUCUUAACCAUGGUGGGGACAGCCUUCUUCAUGUACAAUGCUUUUGGCAAGCCCUUUGAAGCUAUACAUGGCCCUUUAGGGCUGUAUCUCGUGAGCUUCAUUUCAGGCUCCUGCGGCUGUCUCGUCAUGAUACUGUUUGCCUCCGAAGUGAAGAUCCACCACCUCUCGGAGAAAAUCGCAAACUUUAGAGAAGGGACCUACGCCUACAAAACGCAAGACGAAAGCUACACCGCCUCGUUCUGGGUUGUUUUCAUUUGCUUUUUUGUUCACGUUUUGAACGGGCUCCUGAUACGGCUUGCUGGGUUUCAGUUCCCCUUUGCGAAAUCUAAAGACACGGGGACUGCCAGUGUGGCUGCAGACUUAAUGUACUGAGAAGCACAUUGUUUCUCAGUCAGGGAGGGGGUGUGCUCUGGCCACAUUUAGCUAUGGUUAAUUUCAUCAGUGUGUUUAGACUUCUUAAGCACCAAGCACUGCUCCCCCCCCCAGUUAUGCUUACAGACUGUGUGGUAAGGAUUCUGGCAGGGAAAACAAUAAUGGAGGCAGAGGGUGGUUUCAGAAAGCUGUUUUGCCUGCUGGGAAACUGCUUGCACAGGUAGCACGAGGCGGCGGGCAAUGGACAGAUGUACUCACUGAAGGGUAAGACACACGGCCUGCCAAGGAGAACUCCACAGGCAUUCGGAACAUAUUUUAAUAAAACAGACGCUAUUUCUAA